CCCCCCAUGCAUGACCACAAACAGCCUGUCCAGCUACCCAUCAUCUGUCCUCCAUUGCCCUCCUCUUUCUAAUUCCUCCCCCCCCUUCCUACCAUUACCCCACCCACAAAGAAGAGAGGAACAAGAGGAGAAAAGCAGCAGCAGCUCCUCCUGCUCCUACCACAGAUCUGCUGCUGCUGCUGCUGCUGCUGCUGUUGUUACGACUUGUUGCCAUGGGCUCCCUCCUGGAGAACCUCCCAAAGAAGCGGCUCCUCCCCACCGUGUCAUACAAGGAUGACCUGCCGACCUUCCAACCUCAGACGAAGCCGCCGCCGACGCUGAUGGACGCUCGCCCCAUCGGCCUCCGCAAGCGGAUCUCCUCCUUCUCCGUCAAGAUCCAGCCCCUCUCCGCCGACUGGGCCGCCUUCCGCCGCUGCAAGUCCGCGCCCUCCUUCGGCGAGCUCGCCGGCGCCGUCGGCCCGCUCCGCCGCUGGUGGGGCCAGUGCUGGGGUUGGAUCCUCUCGCGGAAGCCGGUGUUCGCGGAGGACAUCGAGAUGAACGAGGAGGAGACCGCGAUGCUGGGCUUCCAGCUCAAGGGCAGCUGGCGCCACCUCUUCUACCGGGUCCGCUCCGAGAUCCGGAAGCUGGUCCGCUCCGACUGUCUCCCCACCUCGCUCCCGCAAGGCUUCAGGUACGAUUCCUUCAGCUACGCCCAAAAUUUCGACGACUCCACCGACCGAACACCACGCUGAACUCCACCUAUCCGAUCGAUCCCAAUUCCAAGGACCUAUACGCGUUGUUAUUGUUUGAUUAUUAAUCCUAUUCAUGUCCGUAAGCUUUCAUUCUUUGUUGCUCAUUUAAGUUCUUUACAUAUGGCUAUCUCUCUCUUACACACACGGACACACACCACCACCACCAACACCCAAAUGAGAGAGUAAGUCAAUUAAAUCAGUUCCUUGUGCAAUUGUGACUAUAUAAUUUGUGGAUGCUCGUUUUAUUUA